CAGGAAUAUAUUCCACGGGGCAAGGUUCUGAAUCUUGUCCACAAGAUGAUCGAGCUGUAUGACAAGUAUCUCGUCACCAGCACGUUCACGUGCCCGGGAUAUUAUAUCUAUUUGUCUAACAAGUCUGGAGAGAGAAUAGCACUGGCGCUUACAAGAAAUUCCGUGGUCUGGUGGACAGAUUCUCAACCUGCGCUUACCCGAAAAGCGGUAGACAAUGAUGGACGAUUCUGCUACUCCCCUCUCUACACCCUGAAGCAAAGAGGAACUAAGUGGUUCCGGCGAAAAUACCCCGGGGAAGAGGAAACAGAUGGGAUGUGGCUUGACUAUAUCCCACCAUGGGACCCUCUUGAUGAGGACGGAAAUGAACUGCAAAAGGAGACUGACGAAAUGCGAGCCCGCAAGUUCAUCGACCUCAUUUUUCAGGCAUCAUCCAAGUGGGCUAAUUGGAACCCGGACAUCGAGAUCAAGGUCGGGGACUACGGGACCAUCAACCGUGAAAGUGGACGGCUUAUAGUGGAAGGCAACAUCUACGAUGCAGUGUUCCAAGAGUCAUUGAAGCAGCAAGGCUUGAUGAUCAAUUUAUCCGAUGUAUCAUGCCAGCCUACAAAUUUGGGCGCAGUCGAGAAAGAUAUAAUCAUGUUAUCCAUGGGUGUCGAAAAGGGGAACUUUGCAUUCAAGCCAGAAGCCUCCUCCCCCAAUUUGGACUCUGCUUCCGUCAAGGCGGAGUUUCAGUUCCAGGAGGGCAAACGAGGUGCCGCCCUUGUGAUGCACAAGCCCCAGGAGGAAUUUAUUCCUCUGGACGGUGUUCUAGGUAUUAUCCACGAGGCGAACCAGCUGAAGGAUAAAUAUGUAGUCGACAGUACACUGAAGUGUCCGGCAUAUUAUCUCUACUUAUCCAACAAGUCCGGAGAGAAGAUAUCAUUGGCGCUUGCCGCUAGUCCAGCAGGCGUGGCUACUGAUGGAGAAGCUUCUGUAGACUGGUGGACAGAUGCUCAAGCAGGGUUUCUUCGUCAAGCCUUUGACAAAGCUGGACAGCACCGCUACACGCCUAUUUACACCCUAAAACGCAUGCUCCAACCAUUGGUCCAUGGGGCAGAGGAACAUUUGGCAGAAGAUGACCCACGGCCGGACUGUAUCCCACCAUGGGACCCUCUUGAUGAGGACGGAAAUGAACUGCACGAGGAGACUGAUGAUAUGCGAGCCCGCAAGUUUACUGAUCUUAUUCGCCAAACGUCAUCCAAGUGGGCUAAUUGGGACCCGGCGAUUGAGAUCAAGGUUGGGGACUACGGGACGAUCAAUCGCGAAUGUGGAGAGCUUGAAGUUCAAGGAAAUAUAUAUGAUGCAGCAUUCCAAGAGUCAUUAAACCAACAAGGUUUGAUGAUCGAUUUAUCAGAUGCAUCGUGUCAACCUGUAAGGGGCACAGUAGAGGAAGACAUAGUCAUGUCCUCGACAGUUACAAAAGAGGAUGAUUCUUCGCUGAAGCCAGAAGAGUAUGUUUUCUCACAGUUAUUAUUGCUUGCUCACUAUUAUUUAAACGUUCUAAUCGAUCAGCCCCUUCAUCUCUGCGAAGGCCAAGUUCCAGUUCCAGGAGGGCAAGCGAGGCGCCCUCCUCAUGAUGCAUAAACCCCAGCAACAACAUAUUCCCCAGGGCAGGGUUCUUAGUGUCAUCCACAAGGCGAACGAGCUGAAAAAUGCACAUCUCGUCGACAGCACGCUCACGUGUCAGGGGUAUUAUAUCUGCUUGUCUAACAAAUCCGGAGAGAGGAUCUCGUUGGCGCUUAAACAUCAGUUGGAUUGGUGGACUGAUGCUCAAGCAGCAUUCCUCCGAAAGGCGUUUGAUAUUUCUGAACAGUACCG